UGAAAAAUGAGCAAAGAAUAUUGUGUAAAAUGGUAUUUCUAAGAAGGUGUAAGGUAAGUAAACACACAAUGCACGCAGCAGUGUUGCUACAAUGGAUGUAAAGAGGGAGGGCAUGGAAAAAUAGCGAAUUCAACGACAGAUCACCAAUCCUAAAUGACUCUGACUCAUGACUUGUGGGUGGAGUAGUGUAGCAACAUCUAUAGUAGUUUUAAUGGUCGAUAAUAUUAUAUACACACGCUCAUGUGCACGUUCUGUUGAGACGCACUAUGCAAACAUGUUGCAUUAACUCCGUCCCUAAGUCUUGCAGACUGGAGUUGUGAUCGUGGUAGGACAACAUUCACGGUGUGUGUAUGUAGGUCAUCAGCUGACCGAGGGGCGGGUACGUUCAUUGUGCGCCUUUAACCCGCGCUUUUUACGCACAGACGAGCGCACAGCACCUUUUUGUGAACCAAGGAAGACGCUAAAGUAGCCUCAGCGCUGGCCUUACAUGUCCACAAAAGACAAGCGUCGUCCUUGCAGUUAAGUGGUGCAAACCGGCGGUCUACACUUCCAAAGGGGAAGUACCUUUGGCCUGCAACAGCGUGGUGUUCAACAACAAACUUUGCUAUGGGCAAAAAGUCUCGCGACGAGGAGUCCUCAUCCUCUGAUGAGGAAGAAUAUGUUGUGGAGAAGGUGCUGGACAGGAGGGUGGUGAAAGGCAGGGUCGAGUUCUUUCUCAAGUGGAAAGGAUACUCAGAUAAGCACAACACCUGGGAGCCAGAAAAGAAUCUGGAUUGCCCUGAGCUUAUAUCUGAGUUCAUGAAGACCUACAAGAAAAGCAGUGGUGGAAGCUCCACACCUAGCAGCGGGGGCAGCAAAUCAAGCGCAGGCCCCUUGGGACGCUCCAAAGACUCGAGUAGCUCAAAGAAGAGAAGCUCGGAUGAUGAUGAGGAGGGUGGAAGUAAACCCAAAAAGAAAAAAGAGGAUGACAUUCUAGUUGCUCGGGGCUUUGAGAGAGGACUUGAGCCAGAGAAGAUCAUUGGAGCAACUGAUUCAUGUGGAGACCUAAUGUUUCUUAUGAAGUGGAAAGACUCUGAUGAGGCUGAUCUCGUGCUUGCCAAGGAGGCCAAUCAUAAGUGCCCACAGAUUGUCAUAGCCUUCUAUGAGGAACGUCUCACCUGGCAUGAAGACACUGACAAGAAGGAGAAGGAUGCUGUAAGCGCGUGAGUGCAUCACCUCAGGAGGAAACGGGACCUCCUCCACUGCAGGGACAAGUUUGAUUCAGACAUUUUUCACACCAAACCUCCCAUUUUUCCUCUUUACCAUGUCCAACAACAACAGAGACAGCGGACACAGUUGUGUUAUCUCCAUCCAUGCCCCGUUGGAGCACAAGGGCCCAGACUGCUGAGAAGGAUCCAUCAGACAGGAGGAGAAGCUGUAGCGGACAUGGGUGAUAUGCUACUGGGGAGGGUUUCUGCUGUUUUGUCUUUGUAUUCUUUACUGUCUUUUUUUCUGAACACAUCAUGUUUUAGUGCUUACAGGAUACAGUUAUGUCAUUAAGAAAUUUUGCAGAUGACCAUCAGUGCAUGUGCACUGAUGGUCAUCUGUUAAAACUCAGAAUAUAAAGCCAGAGUUUGUACAAGCUGCUAACCAUGAGCUUGUCCCAAGUUGGGUGCACAACCCCCAUCCUGAUGUAAGCAGUGCCCCCCCCCUUUAUUUUUUUUAAUAACCCAAUGAUAAGAACGUAGUAUUGAUAUUCAGGAAGCAACCACAACAGCACUUCCCUGGUUGCAUGAUCACUUCCUUUUUUUUAGAACUUUUUUAUCUCUUGUAGAUUUGUGUUUGUCCUGUCUAUUGGGGUAAAACUACUCAAUUUGCAAACUUGCAGAGGACACCGGCCAAUUAUGUCUUUAUAAUGUAGUGAUUUUUUUUUUUUUUUUUUUAAACUGUAAUUUUUUUAUCUCUUAUUUCCAGGUUUUUAACAUGUAAAUGUUGUGUGGUGUGUUUUUUUUUUUUUUUUUUUUUUUUAAUUUCUUUAUGCUAUCACCAUUUGAAGAAAAGGACAAUAAAACAAAUUUUACUGACUUCUGUACCCCCCCUUUUUUCUUUUUCUUUUUUUUUUUUUUUUUCCCCUUCCUUUUUAACAGUAGUGUUAUCAUUGGAUCAGUCUCAUUCUCACAGGUUAGACAAUCUUCACUGUAUCCAGAUAAAAUUAAACCAGCAUCCACACCAGCCGUUGGGGUCUGCCACCUUGUGGCUAAAAGAUGAAGAUCGUUUGGACUGUGUGACCACUCUUUAUGAUCAGUUAGUGAUACAUUGAUAUAAUUUUUUUUUUUUUCUUUUAAUCCACUUAUCAAUUGGAGUAUACUUGAUGUUGUCAUGAUAAUUUCAAACAUUAAAAGCUGUUUCUGAUCGGGUUAUGUGUAUCCCAUGGUUUAUUGUAAUGGUUGUUCUUGACUGUAAGUAUUACAUUUUUUCUGGGACAAUGUAACUACCAGGCAAGUGGUGGUCAGUUCUUAUACACAUGAUGGAUGCCAAUUUUGUAGUUUGAUCUGCUGUGCUCCAACAUGGACUCUUAGGACCAAAUGUUCAGUGUCAACAGACUGAGAUCAGCUGUUUUUGUUUUGUCAUAAUUUUUUGCCUUUAUUCAGCAUCAUGAAUGAAGGCUCUGACCGUCUCCCCUUGACAUGCAGUACAUUACCCUUGAUAUCUAUUAGGUCAUGAUUUCAUUGUCAUUUACUUUGAUUAAAAGUAUUUUGUCCUUUCGGA